AUCAAUAUCCUUGUUAUGUUUUUUGUAGUAACUAGGAAGUACAAAACGACAUUGUAGAAAAUGGCGGACGGAGGUGUUGGAUCAGAUGAAUUUGUCAACUUUAAAUGUUGUUUAUGUGAAAAGAAGAAUAUAACAAAAGAGGCGGAUAUUUAUUGUGUGGAAUGUCAGGAUUAUUAUUGUACACCAUGUACAGACUUGCACAAAAUGUUUCCUGCAAUGAGCACGCAUCAGUUUAUAGACAAGUCAAGUUUUAACACAGUUAGCUUACAGAAAUCGUUGCCAAGUUUUCCAGUUGAAAAAUGUGAAGCUCAUAAAACCAAGCUGCUAGAUAUGUAUUGUGCUGACCACGAUGAUGUAGCAUGUGCGACCUGUAUAGCUAUAAAACACAGAACCUGCCAACAUAUACAUUCGAUACCAGAUGAAGUUGAUGACUUAUGUAAGGAGAUAGAUGCUGAUAAAACAAAUAUUGAGCUGAUUCGCAUAAAAACUAAAAUUGAGGAGGCUGAGAGAGCAAAGAAAUUUCUUAUCAAAGAGCUCAAUGCACAGAAGGAGAAAGCAACAGAGUCAAUAAGACAAUUCAGAAAAGAAAUGGAAGUAAUACUUGAUACACUUGAAAAGGCUACAUUAAAAACUUUAGAGGAAAAGUACAAAAAUGGCAAAGAGAAACUAGAGAACGAGAUUAAAAACUUACAUAGACAUAUUGAUGAACUCAAACUAUCAUCACAAAAACUAACAAAGUCAGUUGGGAAUAAAGCACAGGAGUUUGUCGCUGUGAAAACUUCUCGGAAACAAAUCAUUGAAGCUAAUGAAGCAGAAGCUGAGUCUGUGACAAAUUCAUCAGAUGUUAAAGUUGAAUUCAUUGCUGAUUCGACAAUAAAGGAUGCUUUGAAAGACUUCAAGACAUUUGGAUUAAUUUCAGUGAGUAAUACUGAAAAUAUAAGAGACAAAAUGUAUGUUGUGAAAAGCAAGAAACAAGUCAACAUCAAACAUCAAAAUGAUAGGAAGACAUGUAAUGUUUAUGGUUCAUGUUUCACAGAUGAUGGACUAUUAUUUCUAGCUGACUAUGACAACAAAACAUUAAAGCUUAUUGAUUUGUCCUCAGAAUCCAUAAAAAAAAGCUAAAUCUGGAAUCAUCUCCAAUAAAAAUUUGUCAAAUAAAUAAAAACGACUUUGCAGUUAGUUUGACCAAUCAAACGAUUCAAUUUGUUACAAUGGACAACAAAAUUAUUACCACCAAACGACUGAAGCUAGAUCAUUACUGUUACGGACUGGCCUACAAAGACAACAAACUAUUCACCUCUGAUUCUAAUACUGCGCUCUACAUUUAUGAUAUGAAUGGCAUCCUGUUGCAAAAAAUCACAACUGAUAAACAAGGCAAUGCAAUUUUUAAGUACAACAGAGGUAUCAGUGUUAGCAGUGAUGGCAAGAUGAUUUAUGUGGCUGAUAAAAAUAAAGGUUUGAUUGUCCUUGACCUUGAGGGAAAUUACAAGACAACAAUUACUGAUCCGGAUUUUAUAAAUCUAGUUGGAGUUUGUACAGACACACGAGGAAACAUAUUUGUGUGUGGGUGGUUGGAUUCCAAAAUUGUCCAGAUCAAUGAGAAGACUACUGAAAAAUUGGGCGUACUUGGCAAUGUUCGUAAUGGUUAUUCUUGUAGCUUUCAUUUGAAACAUAAUAGACUGGCUGUUACUUUUAACAGCAGUGAUACAAUUGAGGUGUAUGAUUUACUUUAAAUCCAAUAAAGUGACACCAAUCAAAAUAUUGAUAUUAAACUAAAUAAAAAAUAUUUGGGCUAUUCACACAUACUAUUAUCACAAAUGUUUAACUACAAAAAAGCGUCAAAUUCUUUUUAAUGUAAACAUUUUUAUGUAUUUCGUUAAAUUUAAGUCCCAUUAAUGGUUUUUUCAAAUAUUCAAAAAUUUUGGAAUAUAAUCUACAUAGUAUUAAUGCAUGAGUAAUACAAAGAGGACAUGAAUGAGUGUAAGUGUAAUACUGAAUCUAUUGAACAAGUUAGAUAAAAUUAUAUUAUUUAAGCCUUUGUCGAUUAUUAUAUCAUUUUAUCCAACAAAUUCAAUAAAUUUAGUCAUGAACUUACACAAAUUUAAUAUUCUAUUUGUCACAUAUCAAAACUAAAAUCCGUUUGAAGUGAAAAAGAACCAAAGAACCAUUUUUCAUUGACGCGUCUAAAGUAUAACGCUAACAAUUAACACGUCUUUACGCUAUGAUUGUAUAGCCCAAAUGACGUCAUGUCAAAAUAUAUGCACGGCCAUGAAAUACCAUUUUUACGAAGUAGCAAAAGCUAAUUUGUGAUAAUGAAGUUUUAUUAUGCUAAGAUAAAGGGGGUAUGCUUGUAUUAUAUUUCACUGCUUAUAUUAUGUGUGAUGUAUGUGCUUCUAUGUGACUGUAAUGUGAAAUAUUAUCAAUAGUUCAAUUCUGUACACAAGAUAAGUAUGCUUUGAUUCAGACAGACUUGUUAAAAAUGUAUGAAUGAUUGAGGCUUUAUUAAAUUGCAUUCAA